AUGGUUUUUGAUUUUUCUCUGCAUCACAUGGGGAAGUUCGUGAAGAAUAAGGGAAUAGAAUAUGUGGGAGGAGAAAUACAUGUUAUAAAAGGAAUUGAUCCGGACAGGUGGUCUUACUUUGAAGCAGUGGGAUAUGUUAAAGAAUUCAAGUAUGAUGCAGAGUUCAAGCUAUGGUGGAAGGGGGCAAAACAAAAGGCGAUGAACAACCUGAGAUUACUCAGUGAUGACAGGGAAGCACUGUUCUUGGCUAACUAUGCAGAGGCAAAUAAUGAUGAGGUUGAAAUCUAUGUCCAACAUGUACAACCUAGUCAGCCAGAUGAAGUUAAGUUUUUGUGUUUUGGUGAAGAGGCAGUACAGGAGACGGAGGAAGAGGUAAAUAUGGAAGAAGAGGUGGAAGAUAUACAUGCAUAUGUUGUUGAAGAAGAUGCUAUUGUGGAUGAAGAAGUUGGUUAUGUUGGUGAAGCACAUGCUUAUGUGGAUGAAGAAGAUCAUGCAGUGGAUAAAGAAGUUGGUUAUGUUGGUGAACCACAUGCUUAUGUGGCUGAAGAAGAUGAUGCAGUGGAUAAAGAAGAUGGUUAUGUUGGUGAAGCACAUGCAUAUGUGGCUGAAGAAGAUGAUGUAGUGGAUAAAGAAGAUGGUUAUGUUCGUGAAGCACAUGCUUAUGUGGCUGAAGAAGAUGAUACAGUUGAUAAAGAAGAUGGUUAUGUUGGUGAGGUGGAGGGGAAUGUGGAAGUAGAAGAUGUCCUAAUGGAUUACGAAGAAGAAGAGGGGAACGUUGAGGACGAAUAUGUACAGAGGGGUGAGGAAGAGGGCAAUGUGGUUGAGGAAGAAGUGAUGGAAAAUGUGGAUGAUAGUGAAGAUAACAGAAUGGAAAAUGAUGAUGAUGGGUUUGGGAUGGAGGAUCAGAGGGUGGAGGAAGAAAGAAGAAAUAUUAAUCCUGUUUUAGAGAGGUGGAUUACAAUGAAAAAGAGGAAGAUCUGCAAUGGGAGGAUCUGCAACAACUGGAAGGACAAAAUCUACAACAAGAAGUGCAUCAGGUGGAAGGGGAGGAUCUUUAUCAACUGCAAGGGGAAGAUCUGCAUCAACUGCAAGGGGAGGAUCUGCAAGAAGAACUGCAACGGCUGCUGA